GUGGAGUGGAGCGGCUCAUCAGUCAGAACAAAGCCGGGUCGGUGCCGCUGCUGCUGGGGUCAAAAUACCGACGUCUCUCCCACCAACCUGGAUUAGUUGUUUUAAACUCAAACUUCACCAUGGCCAACAAGACGACUCCUCUCCUCUUUAAGGCGCUUCUGGACGUGUCUGAAGCUCACUCUUCAAAAGUUGUGCGAGGGAAGACAAACAGAGCGAAUAUCAGACACUUGGGCUCCUGUGGGGCCCUGGUAGCGAGAAGGGCCAGCCUGCCACUCUGCCCCGCCGCCCCCAUCAGUACACCCAGCCGCAGCUUCAUCAACCUGGCUGCUCCCAUCGCCACCCGCAGGAUGGAGUACACCGAGUGCCGGACAUUAGGGUAUACUCCAGAGCAAAUGUACGAUGUGGUGGCCGGUGUGGACCAGUACCAGCACUUUGUUCCCUGGUGUAAGAAGUCUCGGGUCAUUAAGGGACGAAAUGGGGAUGUCCAGGCGGAGCUAGAAAUAGGUUUCCCCCCCAUCGUGGAGCGCUACACCUCCGAGGUCACCGUCGUCCCGAACCACAAAGUCAGGGCCGUGUGCACUGAUGGAUCCCUAUUCAGCCACCUUGAAACAAUAUGGAGGUUUGCCCCUGGAGACAAAGACCUACCAGCCUCCUGCAAAGUGGAGUUCUAUGUGUCAUUUGAGUUCAGGUCUCUUCUGCACUCUCAGCUGGCCAGCGUGUUCUUUGACGAAGUGGUUAAGCAGAUGGUCGGUGCCUUCGAGUCACGAGCAGCUACGCUUUACAGAGCCCAACAGAAGGCACCAUUGAGGCGGCGGUCGACUUGAGGCGCCCCCUUCUUUCCUUCCCUUCCACUCUGACUGUCAACCAAACCUUGCUCUAUCUACUAUCAACACUUACACAGGAGACUGGAUCUUCUUUUUGCACUCACUCAUAUCUUAUAUUAAAUUUGACGUACACAUGGAAUAUAUAAACUAUUUAUCUGGAAGCCACAAGCUAAAUUAUUUACUUUCUUGUACAUAUAUUUAUUUUAGGGAUAUGAAUAAAUGCAUGGUUUCAAAUUCUAAUGUUGAACACAGAUGUUUUCUUUGUAAAAUUGUGGGUCAGUGGAAUAAAAAAGAUCUUAUUUUGGUAAAA